AUGGAUGAUGGACCUGUGUUUCCCUUCAGUGACUCAAUACAUUUUUCUAAUGACGCUGGUCCCCAUCGUCUCACCAGCUCCCAGAAAAGGGCUAAUCAAUGGCGCCGAUGGUCUGAAGAUGUAAUUCCGCGCAUGAUAGUGCCCUAUCUAUCACACAUUCAAGAGACUGUAUCGCUACAUCAUGCCAACAUGCCAGCAAUACGUCAUCGGACUGAUGGAGAGUGCAGAACUGGGUGCAGAACUCCUUUCGAGGAAAUCACCAUCAUCGCCUGCCCUUGUUCGCCUGCCCUGCUUCAGCUUCUUCGUUGCGGGUUUUUUCCAUGUGCGCCCGUGGCACCCUCCCUGGCAGUCGACUUACGACUUCUCGAGUUCGUCCACCUUCUUUUUCUUCGUCAGUCCCCCAACCAAAUGACAUGGUGUGAUGCACUGGAGACCUUUCUGGAUGGAAUGAAAUAUAAGUUGAGGCUGAAGAAUAGCUUACAGCGUCGCUUCAGCAAUGUGUUCCACUGGUACCAGGUCUUGACUGUAUUGGCUCAGGACCACAUUUCUACACUCGUCGUUGGUUCCCGGAAAGAUGGUGCUCCUGUGGACCAACCUAGUGAUUAUCUCCGCUCGUGGUGCCCACUCUGUUUUGGAGGGAACAAUUGGCGAAACGGAACAAGAGAUUCUCUUCCUAUGCCAGAUGUUAUCGUUUGCAUUGACACGUGCUUUACACAGAAACGCUCUGCAAAUCCUCGCGGUGCUACUGGCAGUGAUCCUCCUAACCCGACACCAUCCUUCUUUCUACCGACGGAUGAUGUAAAAGCAAUGGAAGAUUUUGUUGAAAGGUGUCGUGGAGACAGACAGCAAGCAAGGACCUCGAGGGUUGAACCUGAUGAAGAUAGCUAUGAGGAGGGCAUGCACAUACCAGUAUCUGUCUUGAACGGAUGUGGCGACUCCUUCAUUGCUGCAGACGAAAAGCGGGAGAAGGCAAGUACUCGUUUCUUUACUGAUACUGGCCUCAUGGCACUGGUUUGUAGACAUGACCGUGUCCUAUGGAUUGCGAACCUGAUGUCUGCAGGAGAAAAGCAACAUUAUGCGCUUGCUCUCUUGGACCGGUUGUUCAAACAUAUACCUACUCAGAUGACCAUCGGGCUUUUGUACAACAUCGGAUGCCAGCUCGAACAGAGCUGUCGCAAGUGGAAUUUCUUGGAUGAUUCUACUCUAUCUCGCAUCACAUUUGCUGUUGCUGUGUUCCAUGCGUAUGGUCACCAGUGGCCGUGUCAGAUCGUCUACCACCCUAGGAAGCGAGAGGGAUUCGGCUUUUUCCUCAAGCCUCUCAUCCCUUCCCUGCGUGUUUCAGGGUCUAAUCAGCAACUAUUCGUCCUCAAUACUCAAAUUCGCCACUUAGACUCGAAAUCAUUGCAAGGAUUUGGACACUGGCUCCAUCGGUGUUGGAUCCACUGUCAAUCAAAGAAGAAUGAUGCGCUGGACCGUUUACAUGAGUUGGAGUUGGACGAGAAUAUGCUCCGUGUAGAGUGGAAGGCCCAGGUUGAUCACCAGACUGCGACCCACACCGCGUAUGCAGCAGAGGUGAUCACCAUUAUCCUAGCACUAGAGAAGACACUACAAACUCAGGAGGCCUCCAUACGUGAACUCGAGAUGCAACUCCAUGCUGUCCAGUUCAAUCUGCAGCUUGUAGAUGCUCGGUCCCGGUAUAAAAAAACCGCUGACACUCUCCGACGUCGUCGAGCGGCACUUGGAACAGAAGACAAAGUCAACCUGGAGAAGAUGAAGAAGGAUAUAUACCUUACACCUGGCAUCCUCAAAUUAAUCACUACCUACAACUGCGGCGAAGCACCUCCUUAUGCUGUUCCCCCUCAUAUCAUCCCGCGUGAUGGCAUCUUUCAGCUCGACGUUGAUGACGACAUCUGGCAAGAUGUUGGGCUGGAUGACGACACUCUGCACCCUCCAGCGUGGCUAUCGGAUGACAAGGUCAGGAAUGGUAUCCGGUUGCAACUUGAAGUUGACCGGUGCAAUGAGGAGGAGGCUCGACUGAUGCGGGAGAGGGCCGUCCUUCAAGAAUGGAUGUUAGCGGAGUGGGACAGUGCGUCAGUGUGCAAAUUCGCAGAUCCAGUGAUGUCUUUCCACCUUGGGUCUCGCGCAGAUGAACUUGUCAACAUCUGCGUCAUCUGGAGGAAAAAGGUUCAGUGUAUUCCGUGCGCGUGGCCUAUGACUGCGAGUUGGGGACCCUCAGACGAGGCUUUGGUUCAAGCCGCUUUUAGUCAGGCACGAUCGUCGUUUCGGGAUGAGGAUGAUGACGACGAGAGUUUGGAAGGAGAUAGGAGAGGGUGA